AUUCCAAGGUCAAUUUUUAAGCUAUCAGGGCUUCAAAGACUUCACCUGGAUUCGAAUAAUUUCAGCGGAGUUGUGGGGUCAGAGUUCAUAAAGGGUCUCAAAGAUCUGGGUUGGUUAUCCCUCUCAAACAACAAACUUACCGAAAUUCCUCUAUUCAUAAAAUAUCAAAAUAAUAGUUUUCGUUUGGAGCUCUCAAAAAACAAACUGACUGGAGCAAUCCCAACAUUCUUCUGCAACUUGACCAACCUGGAGUUACUUGAUUUAUCUGAUAACAAGUUAAUUGGUUCUAUCCCGCCAUGUUUAUUAGAAAGUAGUCUCGAGUCUCUCGCUUAUUUGAACUAUUCAAGCAAUAACUUGACCGGGGAAAUCCCAACAUUCAUCUGCAACUUGAAUCAACUUCAGACACUUGAUCUAUCGAAUAAUAAGAUAAAUGGUUCUAUUCCACCUUGUUUAUUAAAAAGAAGUAGUCUCAAGGCUCUCAGUUAUUUGGACCUCUCAAAAAAUAAACUGAUUGGAGAAAUCCCAACAUUCAUCUGCAACUUAACCAACCUGGAGAUGCUUGAUUUAUCUGAUAAUAAGUUAACUGGUUCGAUUCCAUCAUGCUUAUUCGAAGAAGAAUCCAGUCUCCUCAUGCUAAAUCUGAGAGGAAAUCAGCUUUAUGGAGCUAUCCCUCAUGGAGUUACUCCAAAUUGUAAGCUGCAACUUAUAAAUCUUAGAGACAACCAACUGGAGGGACUGCUUCCGAGGUUUCUGUCUAAUUGUCGAUCACUUGAACUUCUAGACCUAGGUAACAAUAAUUUAAAGGAUGUAUUUCCUUAUUGGUUGGGAAAUAUUUCCACUCUAAGGGUUCUUAUUCUAAGAUCUAAUAAGUUCUACGGGUUAGUUGGGCCCCUUGAUGGAAACAAGAAAACAAAUUAUACGUUCUCUGCAUUGAAUGUCCUUGACAUCUCAUCCAACAAAUUUAGUGGCAAUUUAAGUGUAAUUUGCUUCAGCAAUUUUAAGUCAAUGAUGAUAAAUCCAACAGAUGUAAUGCAGUCUUCUGUAUCUAAUUUGUCGGAUGCUUACUAUUCUCUUGUUGUGCUUACCAUCAUGGACAAAGGCCAAAUAAUGAUGAUACAAAGAUUCUGGACGAUUAUAAAGUCAAUAGAUAUUUCCAACAAUUAUUUUGAAGGAGAGAUCCCUAUAUCCAUUGGCGAACUUGUCUCUCUCCAAGUGCUCAACUUAUCACAGAAUCACUUGAUAGGAAAAAUUCUUCCACAACUAGAACAUUUGUUACAACUCGAGUCAUUGGAUCUCUCAAUGAACAACCUUUCUGGUAAAAUCCCACAAGAGUUGGUUUCUUUACAUUUUUUGUCAUUUUUAAAUCUCUCCUACAACAAGUUAGUGGGAGAAAUUCCAUCAGGAGGCCAAUUCUCCACUUUCUCAAGCGCUUCAUUUGAAGGAAACAAGGGGCUUUGUUGGCAUCCUUGCAAUACGUCAGUUCCGGCGGUGAAUAAUAAAGUGCCAAGUUUGGGUGACACAGCUUCAGAGAACAAAAGUUAUAAGAUUGUGUUGGGAUUAUUAUUUGGUGUGGGACUUGGAGGGUCGAUGGCAGCUGUUAUAGUGGUUGAUGUCAUGUGUUGUGACAGAAGCAGGAGGUGGAGAAACAUAAGACAAAGAAGUAGUUUCGAGCUUCUCUCUUCUUUGAACUAUGCAAAUAAUAACCUGACUGAGGAAAUCCCAACAUUCAUCUGCAACUUGACCAACCUACAGACACUUGAUUUAUCGAAUAAUAAGCUAAAUGGUUAUAUUCCACCGUGUUUAUUAGAAAGUAAUCUCUCAGUUUUAAACCUCUCCUACAACAAGCUGGUGGGAGAAAUUCCAUCUGAAGGCCAAUUUUCCACUUUCCCAAGCACUUCAUUUGAAGGAAAUAAGGGGCUUUGUCGGCAUCCCUGCAUUGCAUCAGUUCCAAUGGUGAAUAAUAAGGCGCCAUCAACUCCAAGUUUGGGUGGCACAACUUCAGAGAACAAAAGUUAUAAGAUUGUGUUGGGGUUAUUAUUUUUUUUGGAAUUUGGUGGGUCAAUGGUUGUUGUUAUAGUGAUUGAUGUCAUGUUCUGUGGUAGAAGCAGGAGGCGGAGACGCAUAAGACCUAGUAAUGGAUAA